UCUCCCGGCGCUCGAAUCUCGACCGGUCGCCGCAACCGGUUGAAGCCCGAGCUGAGCCCCGGGCCGCCCAGGGGUGGUCGCUGGGCUCGGGUACUCCCGGGGAAGCGUUUGAUGUCCUGGGGGAGGAAAGCGUUCGUGUCCCGGCGUGAGGAGCAGCCAGGAUUAAAUUUUUGGGAGUUGCUGUUUAACCAUGUUUGCCAGUCUGGAAUCACCUGAAGAUCUGUUGCAUGCUACAAAAUACUGAAGUUGUGGAGUUUAUAUUGGUCAACUGGAAUACUUCUCAAGUCAGGUGCAGCAGGAUGCUGCCAGGAAACCACUUCUUUUGGUUCUAGUGGAUGAAGAGCUUGGACACUGCAAUGGCCACUGUUUUCAAAGCCACACAGUUCAUCUCACAGACCCCAGCACUGGGUCCCCUGUAUCAUCUUCACAUCUGACAGGCUCCCAAUGUUGGAAACAAUGGUUCUGGAUGAUCCACCUAACGUCAGAGAUCCAUUUGCUUCCUUGUACCCCUCAGCUAUGGAAGACUUAGAGGUGGAUUUUGAUUCAGGACUGGAGGAAGAUGAACUGAAACAGGAGUCUUCUCCUGAGGAUUCCACAAUCUUUGUAGCCUUUAAAGGAAAUAUAGGUGACAGAGACUUUGAGCAGAAACUAGAUACCAUACUGGAGAAUGUACCUGGCCUUUUGCACAUGGAAUCAAACAAGUUAAGACUGCAGAAGAUAGAGCCUUGGAACAGUGUCCGUGUUACCUUCAAUAUCCCCCGUGAAGCUGCUGAGCGGCUGCGAAUUCUGGCUCAGAAUAACAACCAACAGCUUCGGGACCUGGGAAUUCUCUCAGUCCAAAUUGAAGGGGAAGUUGCUAUCAAUUUAGCUUUAGCUCAAAACAGGAGCCAGGAUGUCCGGAUCAACGGGCCCCUGGGAGCGAGCAACUCCAUGCGCAUGGACACUGGGUUCCCCAUGCCAGGGGGACAAGGUUUAAUAAGAAUGAGCAAUGCUGCAGCUGUCAUGAUGUCCCAGAGUGGAAAUGUGCCCUCCUCUAUGGUGGCAAGUGGUGCUAGUGCUGAGCUGCAGCCAAGAACACCUCGGCCUUCCUCACAGCCAGAUGCAAUGGACCCACUCUUAUCUGGACUAAAUAUCCAGCAGCAAAAUCAUCCAUCUGGAUCUUUAGCUCCCCAGCUCCAUUCAAUGCAGUCAGUUCCUGUAAACAGGCAGAUGAACUCAGCCAACUUUCAGCAGCUACAGCAGCAGGCUCAGUUGCAGACACGUCCUCCCCAGCCACAUCAGCAGCCACAGCAGGGCAUUCGACCAUCAUUUACUUCACCAGCACAGGUUCCAGUUCCUCCUGGCUGGAACCAGCUUCCUUCUGGAGCACUUCAGCCUCCUCCAACCCAGGGAGCAUUGGGUACCUUGACAGUAAACCAGGGCUGGAAAAAGGCCCCAUUGCCUGGACAAAUGCAGCAGCAACUUCAAGCAAGACCAUCGCUAGCAACAGUACAAACUCCCACUCAUCCUCCACCUCCAUAUCCUUUUGGAAGCCAGCAAGCUUCCCAGGCUCACUCAAACUUUCCCCAAAUGAGCAAUCCUGGCCAGUUUACUGCUCCUCAAAUGAAAAGCCUUCAGGGUGGGCCCUCCCGGGUUCCUACGCCACUACAACAACCCCACCUGACCAACAAGUCUCCUGCUUCCUCUCCUUCCUCCUUCCAGCAGGGAUCUCCUGCAUCAUCUCCAACAGUUAACCAGACACAGCAGCAGAUGGGACCAAGGCCUCCCCAGAGUAGCACACUUCCCCAGGGAUUUCAGCAGCCUGUCAGUUCUCCUAGUCGUAAUCCUAUGGUGCAACAAGGGAACGUACCCCCCAACUUCAUGGUGAUGCAGCAGCAAAACCAAGGUCCACAAAGUUUACACCCUGGCUUAGGAGGAAUGCCCAAGAGGCUCCCACCAGGGUUCCCUGCGGGCCAGGCCAACCAGAACUUCCUGCAGGGUCAGGUGCCUUCCACAGCUCCAGGAACAGCAGGGAACAGUGGAGCACCCCAGCUGCAAACCAGCCAAAACGUGCAGCACACAGGUGGCCAAGGAUCUGGACCUCCCCAAAGUCAGAUGCAAGCACCACAUGGCCCACCAAAUAUGAUGCAGACCAAUCUCAUGGGACUUCAUGGAAAUAUGAACAACCAGCAGGCUGGUGCUAGUGGGGUGCCACAAGUUAACAUGGGCAACAUCCAGGGACAGCCUCAGCAAGGACCACAGUCUCAGCUUAUGGGAAUGCAUCAGCAAAUUGUACCCUCUCAAGGGCAGAUGGUAAACAUCCAGGCUCAGGGGUCACUCAACCCUCAAAACCAGAUGAUCCUUUCUCGAACUCAGCUCAUGCCUCAAGGCCAAAUGAUGGUGACACCACAAAACCAAAAUCUUGGUCCUUCUCCCCAAAGGAUGACCCCACCCAAACAGAUGAUUUCCCAGCAGGGACAACAGAUGAUGUCUACACACAGUCAGAUGAUGGGACCUCAGGGCCAGGUCUUGUUACAGCAAAACUCCAUGAUGGAACAGAUGAUGGCCACUCAGAUGCAAGGAAAUAAACAGCCUUUUAGUACUCAAAACCAGUCCAAUGUUAUGACGGGGCCAGCUCAACUGAUGAGAGGACCAACCCCAAACAUGCAAGGAAACAUAGUGCAGUUCACUGGGCAGAUGAUGGCACAGCAGGGCCCUGUGAAUGGUAACCCUUCUCAGGUUAUGGGAAUUCAAGGGCAAGUUUUAAGACCUACAGGACCUGGUCCUCACAUAUCUCAGCAGCUUGGGGAUACUACAGCUACAACCAAUAACGAUGUGAACUUGACACAGAUGAUACCUGAUGUUCCUGUGCAGCAGCCAAACAUGGUGCCUUCCCACAUGCAAGCAAUGCAAGGAAACAACAACGCUUCAGGGAGCCAUUUCUCAGGCCAUGGGCUGCCUUUCAAUGCAGGGUUUAGUGGAACACCAAAUGGGAAUCAGAUCUCCUGUGGGCAGAAUUCUGUUUUCCCUGUCAACAAAGAUGUUACCCUCACAAGUCCACUCUUGGUUAACCUUCUGCAAAGUGAUAUAUCAGCAGGACACUUUGGUGUGAACAACAAGCAAAAUAAUCAGAAUGCCAGCAAGCCAAAGAAGAAGAAGCCUCCAAGGAAGAAGAAAAAUAAUCAACAACUAGAACAAACAACUUCUUCAGAACCACGUCCAGCAGGCCUGGAGGAGAGUGAUCAGUCAUCAAUGUCUGGAGAACAAGGAAUGAGUUUAGAUAAUUCAGGACCUAAACUUUCAGAUUUUGCAAGUAGGCCACCAGGUAGUUAUCCAGCUCAGCCAGUGGAACAAAGGCCACUUCAGCAGAUGCCACCUCAGCUCAUGCCACAUGCACAGCAGCAGCCACAGCAGCAGCCACAGCCACCACCCCAGCAAGCCCAGGCACCACCACAGACCCCACAGCAGCAGCAGCAGAUGAUGAUGAUGCUGAUGAUGCAACAGGAUCCCAAAUCUGUCAGGCUCCCUGUGCCACAGGGAGUUCACCCACCUAGAGGGCCUCUGAAUCCAGAUGCUCAACGAAUGCCCAUCCAGCAGAGUGGUAACAUGCCAGUGAUGGUUAACCUCCAGGGACCUGGAUCAGUGCCUCCAUCUCCUGAUAAACAAAGAAUUUCCUUGCCAGGCAAUCCUCCACUGGGAAAUAAUGCAAGAAAAAUGGUUUAUCAAGAUAAUGUGCAGAACCCUUCCAGCUCACCCCUUAGAGAGGUUUCAUCAGUGGCUUCUCUUCCAGAAGGAGGUGGAACUGAAGGCCCCCCAGCAUCAGGAGCUCAGAAUAAUUUGACAUCUCAUUUAGUAGUUUCACAGAACCAAUUAAUGAUGACAGGACCCAAACCUGGACCAUCCCCACUUUCAGCUGCCCAAGGUGCAAGUCCCCAGCAGCAGUCUAAUUCUCUGUCUACUGCUCUUACACACCAUUUUCCAAAUGUUGCCACCCCAUCACAAACUUCAAGGCCUAAAACUCCUAACAGAGCAAGCCCAAGGCCAUACUACCCUCAGACCCCUAAUAACCGCCCACCUAGCACAGAACCAUCAGAAAUCAGCUUGUCUCCAGAGAGGCUCAAUGCUUCUAUAGCUGGGCUCUUCCCUCCCCAGAUUAAUAUUCCUUUACCUCCCAGGCCUAAUCUCAAUAGAGGAUUUGAUCAGCAGGGUCUUAAUCCCACUACUUUGAAGGCCAUUGGACAAGCCCCAUCAAAUCUCACCAUUAACAGUCAGUCAAGUUUUCCUGCUCCACAGGCACACAAGUUGGAAGGCACAGCCAUGAAUUCAGGAAAACAAACCAACACUGGGGGAACAAAGAGAGCAAGUCCAAGCAAUAGUCGAAGGUCCAGUCCUGGAUCCAGUAGGAAAACUACACCAAGCCCUGGCAGACAGAAUUCAAAAGCAGCUAAAUUAUCAUUGACACCUCAGCAGAAUCCAUCUCUCUUGCAGAACAUGGAAUUGCAAAGAAAUAUGAUCCCUGGUCCCUCUUCUUUGCCUACACCUGUGACUACAAGUUUUCAAAAUAAUAACCUGGUAAAUAAUCAGAAUCCUGCAAUUUCUGUAUCUGCAGUGACUGGCAUUCCUGAAGAUAAUAAAGAGACCCUUAGUGUGCCUCCAGAUAACGAGUGUCAGAGUGCACAAGGUGUCCAGGGGAACAAAGACCAGCCCAAUAUUGAACUGAAAGGUAUCCCUACUCCAGAAGUGAAAAUGUUAGUUCCAGAAGAACAGUUGAAAAAGGACGGGCAGGCCUCAGACACCAGUAAGCUUCCAGUCUCAGAGGAAAGUAAAACCAUGGUAUCUCCAGCUAUGAGGGAGGCACCAACUUCUUUAAGUCAACUUCUUGAUAAUUCUGGAGCUCCUAAUGUAACCAUUAAGCCUCCUGGGUUGACUGGACUUGAAAUAGCACCCAUAGUCACCACGGGGGAGGAAUUGAAGAAGAUUGCUGUCAUUCCUCCACUGCAGGAUUCAUCCUCCAGCAAAGAGCCAUCUAAUUCACUGAGCUUGCCUCAAAACAGUGAGCCCUGUGCUAAUGCAGGACACCAGGAACCAGGAGAAGUAAACUCAAACGUUGCACAGAGUGUUCCUCCAGUCAUGCAGAGGCCUGUCAGCUCUUCCUCUAUUUCAGGUCCUUUACCACCAAACCAGAUAACAGUAUUUGUAACUUCAAACCCUAUUACAUCUUCUGCUAACACAUCAGCAUCCUUGCCUUCUCACUUGCAACCAGCAUUAGUGUCAACUGUUGUCACCAUGCCCAAUGUAGGGAACAAAGUUAUGGUUUCUGAGGGACAGUCAACAGCCCAGUCGAGUGCCCGGCCACAGUUUAUCACACCUGUCUUUAUAAACUCAUCAUCAAUAAUUCAGGUUAUGAAGGGCUCUCAAUCAAGUACAAUUCCAGCAGCCCCGAUGACUUCCAGCUCCAGCCUCAUGCCUCAGUCAGUCGCAGUUGUUGGUCCCUUGCAUCUACCACAGAAUAUAAAGUUCUCUUCUGGGCCUACUCCUCCCCCCAGCACAUCAUCCAGCAGCCCUGUUUCUGGUAUCCCCACCAGCAGACCACUCGUUCUUAACCCCUUGGCACCUCCCGUUCAGCUGCCUUCUCCUGCCACAACUGCAUCCAGUGUUCCUUCACAUCUUCCUGCUCAGCAAGUCAAAGACUUCAGCCCAGAGGAAACUUCUUCUCAAAGUGGUGGCUCGAGUGAGCAGGGCUCUGGCCCAGCAGCCCCCUCAGGACCGGUGCUUUCACCUCUCCUUACGAGCAGCCCUGGGUCUGGGAACAGACGCAGCCCCGUUUCAUCGAGUAAGGGGAAGGGAAAGGUGGACAAGAUCGGCCAACUCCUGCUGACUAAAGCAUGCAAGAAAGUCACUGGCUCCCUUGAGAAAGGGGAGGAGCAGUAUGCUUUGGAUGGAGAAGCAGAAGGUCAGGGACUAGAAACUCCAGCCCCAAAUAGUUUGGGAACAGAGCAACCACCAGCAGAACUAGAUAAUAAAACUGUGACACCUCCAGCACCCAGCAAUGUUAAACAGAGCACUUCUGGGCCUGGCAGUUCCAGUUUCAGCACUGCAGCUGCUGCUCCUGCCUCUGCCUCUCCCACUGUUUCCACGAGCACUCCUCCUGCCAGCAUCCCACCAGCUGGAGCUGCCCCCGCCACCCCAGACCCAGCACCCCCAGCACCCCCAGCACCCACAGCACCCAGCACUAAUGGCAGCAGCCAUGGGGGUUUGCUGGCAGAGCAGAAAGGGGGUGCUGGGGCAGAGGAAAAAGCAGGAGCACAGCAGGAGGUGCUACAAAGUGCAGCAUCCUCUCAACAGUUAACACAGAAAAAAAGCUCAAUUGCAACAUCAGAAAGUACUGUUCAAAGAACAGAACUUGAAACAAAUGCUCCAGUAGUUGCUGGUCAAAGACCUCAGUAAUGGUGGCGCCUGUGGAAAACAGAGCAGACAAUUUAUAAUGCAUCUAAUUUCUUGGUCUUCUAUUGUUGAAAAUAUUCUCUUUGAGGACUUCUCAAUUCUGUAUCCUCUGAUAAUUUUUUAAUAGAAAUGGACUAUACUCUGGCUUACUCAGGUCAUUCUUCAUCUGAUAAAACUUCUGGUAUCUCUAGCAUUUCAUGUCUUCAGUGCUAAUAGUCCGGAACUGGUACCUGUGUUGGUCCAUCCUCCAGCUUGUCUGACUUGCAUAGAAAAACCUAUUUCUUCUUACACUUCAUCAGAAAUAUUUUGUCCCACUUUAUUAGUAAUGAGACAAAAGAGAAUUGUGAAAAGUCUAAAACUCCAAAUAGAAGAAAUUCAAGAGCAGAGGAUUCUGCCGCUUCACAGGAAUCUGUAGAAAACGGACAGCGCAAGAGAUCCUCCAGGCCAGCAUCUGCAUCCAGCACUGCAAAAGGUAAAAUGCACAGCCCUGUUUCUCUGGAGAGGGCUGGGAGUAACAUACUUCCCAAAUAGUAACCCUUUCAAUCACUGGUGGUUUACAGCUUGUCCGUGUUGUGUGCUUUUAACUCUGGUUUCAAGGAUUUAGACAUGGGUCGGUGCUGAUAUCCCGACCUCUGUCCUGGCAGCAAAUCCUCUCUGAGUUUCCUGUUGUUAAAUUUGUGGAAUUUGCUUUCUGCAGCACUCAUCAACGUAGUGCUCAGCGAGCUUGCCUCGUUGGAGUUGAAUUCUCCUGUCAGAAACGUGUUGUCAUUAAAAGGAUUGAUGCUGCCAUUCAAGUAAAAAAAUGACCUUUUUUUUUUUUUUUUUGAUUUCCUGAAGCCUGAAAGACACACGACAAAUGCUUAAGUGUUCCCAAGUGCAUGGUCAGCUCUUGCAAAGCCAAAUGCUGUAAUUCAGGCACACUCAAUGCUGCUGGAUGGCAGCCUGGGGCACUGAGCUGUGUGCUAGCACAUGGGGCCUCAGCUCUUCUUUCUCACAACAUGUGAAGUCCUGAAGUUACAGACACCAACCUGUGGCAUCAGCACUUGCUGACAGGCCUUAUUUCCUUAUUUCUUUAACAAAUUUUGCAGCAUUGGUGUGAUGUACAGGGUCAUGGCUGGAGUGCACAGGUCCUGGUGCCAUUCUGCAUUUCUGAAGCUAAUGGUGUCAGCUCUUUAUGUUUAAAGGUCAAAAAUAUUCUGUUGGCCAAAAGUUGUGCCAGAGGGUAGAGAGAGACUUUCAAGAGGCAACAUUCAACCAAUACUUUAAAGAUCACCUACAGAACAAAGAAGUACUAAUAUAAAAUGAUAAUAAAAGGAAGUCAAGUUGAAUUCAGCAACCAUUUUCCAUACUGAAGCUACUAAAGUGUGCUGGUAAGAACAUUUGUAUUUUAAGAGUUUCAGAGAAGACUUCCAGCUGUGUGUAACUGCAGUGACUCUCAAAGGUUAUAUGGAGGGACCUCUAAGUUCUGCACUUUUGUGGCUGCUGAAUUUAAUUAAAUUUACUUCUUGUGGCAGGAUUGUGCAGAAGAAUUUAAGUCUGUAUUGUAAAAAUAAAUUCUCUUUCAUGCUUGUGGAGAAAAGUUUGAAAAAUGUGAAGCCAAUGUAAAGCUGAUUUGGUGAUACUUCCCUGAGUUUGAAGGGAUCUGGAACAAAUGACCUGCCUCAAAUACUGUAAUGAAUAAACCUAAAGAUGACAACCAGUGGCACCUCAAAGUCUCAAAAUGUGGGAACAUGAAAGGACAUCACAUUUAAACCAUACCAGAACACACUUAGGGGUUUUGUACUGACUGUAUUAUUCCUUUACCUCUGUAAGUAAAAUAAUUGUUUUUAAAACAUGUCUGAAACUGCUGCAGUAUCUAAGGGUUUUGCUUGAAAACAUAGGUCCAGCUUGCCAUGGACUUUGAUUACCUUGUCCCCAUGUGAGCAACUCCUGGCUCCCAAGUUGUAGAGAAAAGGAGCAGAACAAGAGUCCUGUAGAAGAGGACAGUCUGGAGGAUUAGUGAGGUAGCUGCAGAAGUGUAACCAGGUUUGCCACUUGUGCCUACUCUGUUCUACGUUGUUAUUGGUCACAACUUAGGGAAGGACAUUUGUUUGUGUGCCUCUGGCCUCCUGGGCAUCCAUGGCUACAGAAUCAGUGUCCUGAGGAACUGACUUACCCAGGGGAAAGAGAAGGGAGGGGCUGGAAAGAGUCACCUUUGAGACAGAGGUUGGUUAAAAUCCCUAGAAAAAUGGCACUUGGGAAAAGCAGAUUCAGCCAGUCCAUGUAGGAAUUCCCAUGGUAUGAAGGAGGGAGGAAGCAGGAGGGGAGGUGCAGGAGCAGAGGCCACACUGGAGCUCAGACACAGCACCCUCUGGUGUGCAGGUUUGGGUUCCAAGCAGGAGAGGGGGAUCUGGGGAUACUGACAAGGACUGGGCCAGGUUCUGCCUGCUGCCCCCUCGGUUCUCCCACAGAUGGAGGUUGGGCAGCUCCUGGCCAGGCUGCUCAGAGGGAGCUCUACAGCUUGGCAGGAAUUCUGUUGGUGCCAUCCUGCCCACUGAGAUGUUUCACUUCUGUAAACUGAUGGUGUACUGGAUAUUUUUUUUUUUUUUUUUUUUUGCUUUUUGGAAUACCUUUCCAGCAAGGGCUGUUUCAGUGUCUACUGUAGCUUCAAGUUUAUUAAAUUUUUUAAUGUUGAAGAGUUUUUUAUUUUAUUUUUAAUGCAACAUUUAAAAACCAAGUGGAGUUGUACUGUUGCUUUUCUAGUGCUAGAUAUCUUAGGAAGUUUUUCCCUUUUCACUCUUAAAAUGCAUGCAGCUCCACUAGCUUUUGGAAAAUGUUGUAAAGAGCCAAAGAUGUUUAAAAUUACAUUUUAAAAAUUUCUAAAGACAUAAAUACCCUUGGUCCUUACUCCUGUUGUUUUGAGACAGAAACCUAGUGCCUUGGUAAGUGCACUGAAAAUGUCAUCUCUGGUCACUGCAGUUUCUUCCAAGUGCUUCUGCUGCAGGAUUAGAAUAUUUAUCUUUCUGCAUAAGCUGCCUUUUCUGUGAAACACAACGUACACUGAAGAGACUUGUUUGCUCAUGACUUGAUUUUCCAAUGACUCAAUGAGAUCCUUAACUUGUGUGGCAGGCUUCAAAACAUAAUCCUAAAGUUUUGGGGUUUUUUUCUAACAGUUUCCAUGAUGCUUGGGUCUGAUUGCUUCUGUUUGUGCCCAGUGCUGCGUUUCACAGGGAAGUCCCUCCAUGGCAUGGAGCACAUUGUGGAUACUGAAGUUAAAAAACAGUUAAAAAUAACACAACUCUUUUAUUUUUAAGACCAUUCUUUUGGGACUUCAUAAAUGUUUAGCUCGUAACAGUUAGAAAUUGUGUCCUGAGAGAAGCUGGGGGAAGGUUGUGUGGCUGCCAAGCACUGUGUCAGGGUGAUGGGCCUGGUGGUUUUGCCUCUCGGGAAGAGUCCAUCCCCUUCUGUAGAAACUCUGCUUUUCAGAGCUUUGCACUUUGGUGUUGGAGAAAUAGAAGGGCAAUCUGUGCACCUCUGGUGAAUGGCUUACCAACUCCCUAUCCAUGCUUUUUUCUUUUGAUUUCAGAAACGAGUGCCAGUGCAAUGCAGUCAAAAAGAAGAAAAUCCAAGUAAAUUACUGCAUGGAAACAUGAACCUUGUAAAUGAGUGUGAAUUUACCAAUAGCAAUUUUGAGCUGUGAUUUUUCUUUUUUUAAAUAAAAUUCUGUACAGUAAGUCAUUUUAA